GAUUCCGUCACGUGCAUUUGUUGUUAUCAUCAGCUGGGUCCGGGCUUGUUCGAGUAUAUACAGCGACUUACUGUUCAUUUACCGUCUCGCUCUAAAUCUCAAUGUAGAGGGAGACGAAUGCGAAAGUUAACUCGCUUUAAUCAGCUGUUGUUAGUCCGCUCACUGUAGCCGGCCGGCUGGUGUAGUUAGUUGUUCUACAACUGUUUGUGGUAGCGCAAGGCUCAGCGUGUCAAUUUUAUUCUCUAAUAAGUAUGUGCAUUACUGAUUAUAACAAAAUAUCAGUUAUAGAUGGAUAUGUAAAGUGUUUUAAAUAUCAUCAACAAUCGGUGCACAAAUUGUUAGUUAGGAGACAGUAUUUUACUGAUGACGUUGUAUUGUGAAAAAUUUUAAAAGGACUUGUAGUUAAAGUUUUUUUAAAUUGUAUCGUCGUUUUUGUUAAAAUUCGUGAAAAUGUCGACGGGAAAGCGUUUAGCAAAGCGUUCUAUUAUCGGAACUCGCGUUUGUGCUCCAGGAGAAGACGGAAAAUAUUAUUCGGGAGUAAUUCAAGCCGUCAAAACACCGGCAAAUUUUUUAGAAAACAACAAUUGCAUUAAUUUAACACCGAACACGCGUUAUACGGUCCGUUUCGAUUCACGACAAGGCAAUUUGGGUAGAACAAGUUGCGAAUUCCACGAAAGCGAGCUUAUCGGACCCGGCUUCCAAUCGGUACUCGGGUUAGAAUUGGUACCGGGACAAAAAUGUUUCGUCACUUAUAACGGCAGAGAAAAUUCUGGUGAAGUGCUUCAACAUCAUGCCGAAACUGAUGAUGUUAUUAUUAGAAUUCAACCACCAGGCACAGAGCUGUCUUUUGAAGUCCAUAAGCGUUUAGAAGAGGUUCGCCUCUUGGAAUCCCGAAAAUCGGCCAGAUUAGCUGAUCAAGAUACUGAUUUCGCCCGACUCGCUGAUAUGGCUGGCGAUAGAAAAAGAACUGCCUCACAUACCAUAGAUGUUCCUGCUCCUUCGUACCAUCAAGGAUCUCGUAAACGCCGACCAGGAUACCAGGACGAUUGUCCAAAGGACAGUCAGAUGGACGAAUGCAGCGCUGCUUUAGUACUAAUGAGUUUGUCUUGUUCACCACAUUCGCCAAAUUUAAAUGCGUUUUCAUACCCAGGCACAUCUCCGUGUAGUAGCAGCAGCAGCUCCGCGUCUUAUAGAUCUACCCCUUCACCACCACCGAUCGUUUAUUCACCACAUGGUACGCCAUUAUCAACGAGCUCCAUUUCCGAUGAAGGAAUUGUCUUGGAUUAUUUCCCCGAUGAAUUACCGAGAAAGAAAAAGAAUUUGACGCGAAUUGUGUUCCAAUGUACCUGGCCAAGUUGCUUAAAAAUAACAAGUACCUGCGAAGCAAUAGAAGCUCAUGUACGCAAUGAACAUUUAAAAGAUAAAAUAUGUGAGGAUUCCGAAGAAGAAUUUUAUUACACGGAAGUAGAAAUGGGUCUUACAAGUCCUCCGCCGACUCUGUCCCAUCGUGACAUGGCCAGACCCUUCCACGAAGAUCCAGAUUACCAAAGACUUCUAGUUGGCAAUAUGCGCCAAUCUAUUUUGAAUCAACAGCAUCAGGUCCCUCCAUCUCCUCACAAACUUCUCAAAUUGUCACCGCGUCCCCAUAGUCCCAAAAUUCCAGUAUCUCCAAGGAGAAUUCGUGGCGAAAAUAAAAAAUGCCGAAAAGUCUACGGAAUGGAACAUCGAGAACAAUGGUGCACGCAAUGCAAAUGGAAAAAAGCUUGCUCUAGAUUCGGCGACUGAUACGCGCCCUCGAAACGUUAGAGACGCUUCUCGGAAGUGCCCCGAAAUGUGUUCUACUAUGGACAGAAAGGGUGCGGACUACCCUGAUCUCAACACUUGAUGGAAGUACAACUAAUAAGAUAUUUCUUUAGUGAUGAUCAAAGAUCAAUCAAAUCAAGCUGUAUCUGUGUUCUUUAUAAAAUAUUUACUCAAUAUACUGCUGGUAUAUACUUCCUUGGAGGCUACGCUACAGAUCUAACUUUGCUAAGGAAUUUAUGAAAGUUUCGUUACAAACCUAUUUGUAUAUUAACUAUUUUCUACAAAAAAACCGUCCCUUUGCUAAUAAUUCGGAUAUUUUAUUCCUAACUACAUCCCUAUUGAUAUUCUAACCUCAAAAAAUUAGUUUUAAGUUGUAUAAUUGAUGUUUUUUCCAUGGAUUCCCAAGGGUAAAAUACUUUCUGUCUUCUUGUCAGUCGUUAGAAUUUAGAUAAAAAUCGUGCCGUUUCGAUUUGGCAUAAUCCUUUAGAUUGCGACAUAUUCAAAGUACUGUACCAAUUUUAGAGGUUAUGUAACCUUUUAAAUUUAUACACGAAUUCCCAUCAAGUGUUUUUCCAACCCAAAGCAAAAUCAGUUCGAAAAUUCAAUCACCAAAAGCAAAUUUCGAAGACCCAAAUACCCAAGAAAACAACAAUAUAUUAUAUUUUGGCAAAAUAAGAUUUUCUGAGUUUAUAAAAUGGUUUUGACGAAUCAUUAGGUCGAUUUGAGAAGGAAUAACUCGUCUAGAUACGAGACUUGUUCAUAAACCAAAGUUCCCAACGAAUUUUCACAAUGAAAAACAUGUUUAUUGGCGUUGAAUAAUAAAUAUUUGGAAAGCUUAGACUUCUGUCUAUUAUCGAUAUAAUCGUCGUUUAGAUCAAUGCAUUCUUGCAUCCUCAUCAUUCAGCUUCUCUUCAGUUGUGAAAUGCGACCCACCAAGUUCUUCCUUAAUUCAGGGAAUACACUUUCAGUUGCGAAUGUAUGUCCACCAGAAAAAACGAAUCACAGAACUUAAUUCGCACUUAAGUGGAAAUCAAAUAGAAGUUUAAUUUUUCACGACGACCAAAAUAAGAAUGAACGUUGUAGACAACUCCACGGGGCGGGAACUGGGAAAAAGGGUUCCAAACUACACGUCAGUAUCGCCAAAAUUGGGGUAACGGCGUUCCUAGCGCCCGCAGAUCGUUGGAAACCUUAUUUUAUGGAUGACCCUCGUAUUUUAGGUACUGUACCAAUUUUAGUGGGUGCGUACUGGAAUUAGAAUUGCUGGUUAGUUUUAUUUGAUACUACACAUUCAAAAAUGGUAGUUUAUUCAUGUUAACAACUUUUUCCAACCCAAAGCAAAAUCAGUUCAAAAAUUCAAUCACCAAAAACAAAUUUUGACGACUCAAUUACCCAAGGAAAGAUCAAUAAAUUAUACAAGACAUGUAUUUCAAUCAAACAAUAUUUUUAUUCAUUUACUUAGUUUUUUUAUGUGUCGUUUGUUUAUGCAAUCAAAUUUAUUUUAAUAUUCUAAUUAAUUUUAAGUUUAAAACAUAUACAUUUAGCCCCCUUCUAAUGACAGCUAAAACCACAAAUUUCCCAUUCAAUCGUCAUAUAUCACAAGUAUAUACUUUUCACAAUCAAAAAAGUUGGGGGUUGUACCUAUCUUAUGAAAGUUGAAGGUAGGAUUGUACAAUAAACAAAUAUUUGUUUUUUUCACACUGUAUAUAAUCAAUGAUAUUUUUUUUGGACGCCUCUCUCAUCUGUUCUGAAGUUAAUUUAGAUCUGUAAGUUUAUAAGACUGCACAUUUAGAGUAGUCAGCCCACAAUUUCGAGACAUCUUUACAGUUAUCGUUUUAAAGGUAACUAGACUGAUAAAAGUGGGUUAAAUUGCUCUUCAUACCGACUAUUUUUAAUUGAGCCUCCCAGUAUUACCGAUAUUUAGAGUCUAGUGAUGUAGGGACAGAUUCACACUUUAUAUCUCAUGGUGUUAAUUCGGACUGCAUUUUUUUAUUCAGCCUCGUAUUUAAUUUACAUAAUGAUUGUUUUAUUACCACUAUCAUCACUAUUAAAUUGAAAUUAUUGAUAGUGAAAAAUGUACAUUAGUUUCGGGACAUUACAAAAAAAAACACUAACUACAGUGGUUAUUUUAAUAUUUUUUAACGGCUUCUUUCAAAGUUCUACCCAAAAAUUCAUAUUAAUUUAAUUUCUAACUAAAAAUAAACUAAAUUUAACUUUUUCUAUGAAGGUUAAUACAAUUUAUCUAUUUUUUAAUAAUAUUUGAAAUGAUGAUUAGGUUACUUUAUACAUAACACUAAAGAAAAAUGUGGAAAAUCAAUUGUUUUGAUCAUAAAUAGCCACAUUUUGCAAUAGAUCACGUUUUUUCAAAAUCAGUUUUGAAGCAAUAAUGAAACGCCACUGAUUAUAAUGAAAAUGCUAUAAAAUAAUAUAACAAAAUCAACUUUGGAACGUCAAUGAUACGCCACUGAGUGUAUCAUGAAAAUGCUAUAAAAUAAUAUAACAAGUUAUAAGUGAAUUGAAUAAAAAUUUUGAAGUAAUUAUCAUUAUAAUAAUGAUAAAAUACUGUUGGAUUUCCCAUUCACUUUAACUAAUUGAGAAUAAAGAAAAAUUUAACAAGACAUUGAAAGACAUUUUCCAAAUUUUUCAUUAGUGAACGAUGGAAUUUUUGCAUUAUAACCUCAAAUAAAAUUCGCAAUGGGAACAUUGAUGCCUGUCAUAAAGCGUGGAGGCGGUCAUUUUUUAACAAAAUUAGGUUAUGUGGAUAUUUUAUAUGAAAAUAUUUACAUGACUGUAAAUUCUAAUUUUAGUAAAUAUUGUCUAGUCCACGAUCCAAUUCGACAUACUUAAACUAAAAUUAUUUGGAUUAGCUCAUUAUAUCCCGAAUUUUAUCUAGAAUAUUGUACAUAAAAAGUUAAUUAGCCUAUAAAAACUUUCACAAGUUAUGAACAAUUAAACACCUUCAAAAAUUGUUUACUAGAAUUAUUAAAGAAUAAAUAUUUUCGAAUUUUUGAAGAAAGAUACUUAAAGAAGAGGAAAUUUCGGCAACUGCACAUUCAUUAUUUAUAAUUUUCAUUUCAAUUUUCAUUUUCAUAUUUUCCGAAAUAUUGGAGAAUGGCAGAUGCUGUCAGAAACGUCAAGCAGUAAAAGUUUUAGGAAGAAUGUGUCACUUGUCAUAUUAUCAGAAGUAUUGGAUAAUGACAGAUGAUGUAGGAACCGUCAAAUCAUAAACAUUUUAGGAAGAAUCCAUUUGUCAUAUUUCCCGAAGAAUUGGAUAAUGACAAUUGAUAUAAGAAACGUCAAACAAUAAAAUUUUUAAGAAGAAUUUGUCAUCUGUAACAUUUCUUUAAGUAUUUAAUAACAACAGAUGAUGUAAGAAACAUAAAACAAACGUUUUAUCAUAUUUUCUAAAGAGUUUGAUAUUGACAGAUGAUGUGGGAAACGUCAAAUAAUAUACCUUUCAGGAAAAAUGUGUCAUUUGUCAAAUUUUCAGAAGUAUUGAGCAAACAACUGAUAUUCCCGUAUGUACCCUUGUUAGUUUUUCCCGUAUCGUGAGUUAUUUUGUUUCAAGGUGCUAAGAGGACUCCAUAAAUACUUUUUAUAUAUGUUCCAUUGAAACUAAUAUAUGUGAAACUGAGUAUAGGAUAAUGACAGUUGAUGUGAGAAACGUCAAACAAUAAAAUUUUUAGGAAGAAUGUGUCAUCUGUCACAUAUUCUAAAAUGAUAGAUGAUGUGGGAAACGUCAAAUAAUAAAGAAUCCAUUUGUCAUCUGUCAUAUAUUCUCAUAUGUUUGAUAAUGACAGUUAAUGUGAAAAACGUCAAAUAAUAUAAAUUUUAGAAAGAACCUAUUUGUCAUCUGUCACAUUUUCUGAAGUAUUUGAUAACGACAGUUUUAGAAAAAAUGCCUUCGUUAUCUGUCUUCUACCAUAUUUUCUGAAGUGUUUGAUAAUGACAGAUGAUGUAGGAAACGUCAAAUCAACAACAUUUUAUGAAGAAUCCAUUUGUCAUCUGUCAUCUGCCUUCUGUUUCAUUUUUUGGGGUAUUCGAUAAUGACAAACAAUAUUUUGAAUAGAAUCUUGAAACUUUCUGGUGAUAUCAAAUUAUCUAUAACUUAUUUUAUAUCGAAAUAGAAUAUAUUUCAAAGAGAAGUCGAUAAAAAAUUAGAGCAGAGCUUCAUUAAGUAACCACUAUGAACUCAAUUGAACAAACAAAAAUAUUGAAUGAGUUAACAGCCAAUUCCUUAAUGUUAAUGUAACUACUACAGUCCUCUAAAUUAUUGUAAAUUGUUUUUGUUCUAUUUUGUAUAUCUAGAUAAUAAUAUUGGAUAAUUGUUAAGUCCAUGACAAUAUAUCACUAGAUGAUUACAUGAGCUUACAUUCCUAACAAAUAUAUCUAUAAACACACACACACACAUACAAAUAUAUCUGAAUUUACUUUAUGAAUAUAUUUUAAGCAAAAAAUUAAAUGUAAGGACUGUAAAGUUAAAAAAAAAGUAAGUAUAUAACCACCGCUUGUUUAUUGAGUAAAAAAAUUGGAUGGACAAAUCCAAACUGAAGCAAUCAUCUGUUUUUUUUUAUAUAAUUAACGUAUAUUAUUCGCGUAGAACGGGCAGUUGAAUAUUUUUAAAUUUAAGAUAAUAUCAUUACAGAUUUAUGGUAAAUACUUUUUUAACGCAAAGAUUUCGUAACAUUGAUAAUUGGUGAAGUGGAAAAAUGUUUGUUGAAACUUUUCCUAUUCAAUUAAACACAGUAAAAUAUAUUAAUAAUGAAAUAACAAUUGCGAUAAAUUUAAUUAACCUGUGCAUUAAUCUUUUUCGACCCCAUACUUGAAUAUCGGUAAAAACAAGUAGUCGAUGUCUGAUUCUUCACUGUUGAAUAAUCUAUGAAGCAAUUUCUUCUCCCCCUUCAUAUCGUGUUCAAGUUUGAUAGGAAUCAAACCGGCAAAACAUUAACAUCAGUUCAAUUUCUUUUUGCAACUUAAGUUUAGACAAACAUCUUCUGACCAACAGUUUGCAAAAAAAUCGUUUGUUAGUAGAUAUUAAAAUAAUUGAUUUGGUCAAAACAUUCUUUUACUGUUACUUCAACAUGAUUCAUCAUAAACUUAACUACAAUUUUUUAAAACCAUCAAUUCUCAAUUUGUAAUUCCUUAUAAGCUUCGAAUAUAAUCGAUUCUGUUAUGAAUAAAGAGUCGUAAUCAGUUCUAAUAUCACAAGAACUUUCAAAAUAAUCGAUUCGUCUAUGGCUAACGGUAAUCAGUUAUGAUAUCAAAAGCGCAUCAAAAAUAAUCGAUACUUUUACAGUUUUAUUAUGAGAGCUUUGCAAAUAAUCGAUUAUUUUGCGAAUAAAGGGUCGUAAUCGGUCUUAAUAUCAAUGAUUUUCGAAAGUAAUCGAUUCUUCUACGGCUAACGGUAAUCAGUUAUGAUAUCAAAAGCACCUCAAAAAUAAUCGAUACUUUUACAGUUUUAUUAUAAGAGCUUCGAAAAUAAUCGAUUAUUUUGCGAAUAAAGAGACGUAAUCUGUUUUAAUAUCAAAGAUUUUCGAAAGUAAUCGAUUCUAUGAGGAGUAACGAGAUGUAAUCGGUUCUAAUAUAUAAAGAGCUUUUAAAAUAAUCGAUUAUUUAACGACUAACGAAACGUAAUUUGCAAAAAGCGUAUUUCUAGUGGAUUUUAAAGAAUUACGUCGAGUCUUGAAUGAGAAAUAAUAAUUGAUUAUUUUCGUUUGAUGUAAAUAUUUUGAUUCAAAAUUUUGUCAAAUUAAUUUUGAUGCAAACUUUUUCUGCUUCACCAUUAGAAUAACAAAAUCUAGUGCAGAUUAUUAAAAAAGUAUUUUCUGUUUAAUAUAUACUUAUAUAGAUGGCGUAUUUGUUCGUUAGUCCAAGCGUUUAAUGUAACUGUUGCCUAAGAUGAGAUUAGUUUUACAAAAUAUAUAAGAGUAUAUAGAGUGAGUAAAUUUCGGGGAAAUGGUUCUUCAAAUUUAAUCUCAAUGUUACUAUUUUUAAAACUAAUAAAGAAAAAUAAAGGAUCUCGAAGCCAAAGUGCAGAAAAAAUUGUAGUUUAACGCGCUACCUUACCUUGAAUAACGUAACUGAAUUUUUUUAGUUGCGUAUUUUUUCAGCCAUAUUGUAGUUUUUCUAUAUAUUUUUUCUUCGAUCGUUAAAGAUUUUUCUUUGUUACUUCUUUCACCUCUUGUCUGGGCAAUGUAGGAUAGUAGGAGAAUAAGAAAACGUUCUUCUGCCAUAUUUGAUGUUAUGUAGUUCGAUUUUGGCAUAGUUUUUUUGAGAAACAACAACAAGAACAGUCUUAAGUGUACAAGUCAACUAUUGUUUCCAUGUUCACUAUUUUCGAAGUUUUAUUUCAUAACACUUGAGAAUUGCUAGUUGUUUAUAACAAAUAAUUGAAAUCGUACAAAUUUGGAACAUGAAAACAAUUUCCUAAUCACUCAUUACAACAUAACCUCAAUAUUUUUCCAAAUUUUGUUAUUUUCUUUAUUCUAUCAUAUGAAACAUUCUCUUCUUAUAAUGUUAUUUUAAAUACAAUCAUAAAAAACACAAUUAAUAGUACCUAUCUUAUUUAUUCAAGAAAUUCAACGUUUUUCGAAAUUUUAUUUUGAAUUAUUUAACCAUUACGUAACAAUAUUGGUGAUAUCCCAUCGCUAUUUUUAAAUAUCCAAACAGAACAAACGUCUUCUACACUUGAUUUACUUUAGGAAAAUAGAUUUCCAAGAAAAAAAAUCAUAAUUCAUCUAGAAAAAUUGAAAUUGUUUUUGAAUUCCUCUCCAUUUUCGAAUCAUAAAAACAGGAAUCGUGCAAAAUCAAUUUUACAUUAGUCUUUUUCGAUCUUUUGCAGCACAUUCUCAUACCAUCAGUAAAAAUAAAGUAAAAGGGCGCCGAAAUAUUUUUUACGCAGUUAGGAUUUCCUGCAAUUGUUGAUAUUAUUCUCAAAGUGAGAAACAUCAAAUCGAGUGUUCGAUUAGCAAUUCGAAUCAUCAUAAGAUGCCAGGCAUCAUCCAAUCAUCAGUUGCUACUUAAUCACUGUUUCUAUCACAUGUAGUAACAGAUAAAAAUCACAUCUAGUUUCAAAAAAAUCACAGUUUUAUUUCUGUUGUGCAAAUGUUGAUUUGAUGUGAUUCAACAGUUUCUAGGCUCGUUUUUAUUAAAUUUUUGCAUUUUAAUUGUUGUCGCCAUGGAUGCCGAACAAUUAACAAAAUGUUCAAAGUCUUAAAGAAAUCAUGGAAUUAGAAAAGACAACUUUCAUUGAUCUAGUCACCUAUUUUGAAAAUAAGUGUUAGUCAGCAUUGGAUUGUAGAGUUUGCUGCUUCACUCAAGGUUCAAGAUAUGAAUCUGGUCAGCUGGAAAAACCUGUAGAUAAACUUUUGCUAGGUCUAAUCAAAACAAUAGCUAAAGCCAUCAACCUUUUUUUAUCUGUUGGUAGCAGCUUUGUUUCAAUCAGUGGAGUCAAGGCAAAUUUUAACUGUAAAUCAUUGUUUUAAUCAUUCAAAAUAUACUUUUUUGAAGGUUAAUUAGUAAAUCGAAUCAAUAUAAUAAUUUUGAGGUUAAGUUGUUUUGGUUUUGAAGGUUUUCAACUUAUUAUAAAUGUAUAUGGAAUAAUUCUGUAUUUUUUAUUUGAUUACCUCAAACUAGAUUAGUUAACUGCAAUCUUAUAUACUUCAUAUUUAUAUUUACAUUUAUUAGUGAAGUACCCAACUGCACUCAAGGUGUUAAAAUUUGAAAUUUUAUAUGUAAAUUAUUAUUUUUUAACUAAAUUUUUAUUUAAAUUUUAUUUACUUACCAAUAUAAAUUAGAUUUGUUAGGUUUACAAAUAGCAAGCUAUUCAUUUUAUACAGUGUGAUAAAAUUUUAAAUGUGUUUUCAUGCUUAAUGCAUAACACUGUAUAUGUAAAAAGAACUGUCUGUUCUGAACAGGUUCUUCUAAUUUCACAACUCGUUAUUUUAUCAAUAUUCACACAAUAUUUGUAAACAGAUCCUAAAGUAUGUCCUAUAAUUGAACUGCCAUCUCAUAUCAAAAAUAUUUUUAAAAAAGUAUCUGUUUACCAAAUUGUUUUGAAUCAAUGUAAAUAUAUUUUAUUGGUUUUAUUUAUAUAAAAAACUAUGUUUUGUUAAUCUAUUAGGUACAAUACAAUAAUAGAAUUUUUUUCACUGUGGACUGUAUCCAAGACUACUCUAAAAACUUCUGCUUAUAAUUCAUUGUCGAGUUAAUAAUUUCAAAUGAAAGUGUGUAUAUAUGUAUAAGAUGCAAUGUUUUGUUUUAUUUUCAGCAAUAAUUGCAAUUUUUGAAUGCGCUAAGAUUAUAAUUGAGAUAAUCAAAAUGUUAAAUUAACCAAAUUCAUUAUCAAUUGACAAAAUGUUAAUUAUAUAAUUGCAAAUUAUUUUUUUAUUGAACAUAACCUAUAAUUCAACAUUUGCAAGUUAAGCGGUGCAUAGAAUGAACGCGAACAUGACGCUGGUUCGCUAGUAAACAUAACCUCAAAAGUGUAUGUAUAUUAAGAAAUUUGAACGGUGAUCAACGAUUUUGAAUUAUUUUUAAUGUAUUAUAUACUUAUAUUUGACACGGCAUUAGUGUGUGAGAACCCUCAAUUUGAAUAGAAAUAUUUUUAAAUGAAUGAAAUAGAUCCAGACGAAUUUUGAGCAGACUUAACAAAACAUUCAAUAAGAAAACCUGAUUGUCGAUUAGAUCAGGAAGUUAAUCACCAAUUCUUAUCAAAAAGAUAAUUACACUUUGUUUAUUGUCAUGGACAGUUGGUAUAAGAAAAAACGUUACGGUGCCGACAAUAUUCAUUUUCUCUCUCGUUCGAGACACAUUAUCUAUAUUGCGCAUGCUACAUGCGCGUAAAAGAUGCGCAGAUCUAACUGACGCGCUCGAAGGAGAGAAACAACGAUACACCAUUUGUUUCACUUAGUCGGAACACCUUCCACUUAUAGGAACUGUAAAUAUUUACAUAUGUGGGGUUAUGAUUAUUAUAUGUCAUAAAAUGACGUAUCUUGGUAUUAUUGAAUUAUUUUUAAGCCACCCUUAUAAGGAAAAAAAAGGGUAUUUAACAUUUUGAUUUUGUUCUGAUUACCAAAAAUUUGAAAAGAUUGAAAUUUCAUCAGAUAUAUCAUUCUUAAUCGUCCAGCAGAUUUGAAGGUAUAAGAAAUAUGAAUGACUUUAGGUGAAAAUGAACUCAAAAAGAAUAUGUCAAAAAGUUUAAUGGUGUAAAAAAAUCAUUUUUUUUUCAACCCUAUUGUAAAUAUUUGUAAAAAAUUUCACUUGACUAUCAUGUAUUCUAAUGGACGUAUCAAAAUGGAAUAUUCGAGUUGAAUAUUUAUGUUUAUUCUGAAUUGAAUCUGUUAUUGUUCAUUCUCUUAACCGGCGAAGCAAAUAACUCGACAGAAAGCAAACUUCCAAAUGUUUUUUAUAGUUUUCUAUCAAUUUCCUUUCGUAAUUAUUCUAAUAAAGUUUAUUAUUUUUAUUGUGACAAGCUAGAAAUCCUUUCAUAUCACAUGAUUGACAUCGAUGUACAGUAAAUCGAAGUUCUUUGGCAAUUACAUCAAUAGUACCGUUUCGUUGAAUGAAUGGACUAUAAAUAUUUACAUUUCUCCGAUUAUAAAUAACAAAUAUAUGUGAUUACAAACUUUUUUGUAAUAAUAGGCCAGUAAUAAAUUAACACUUAUCUUUUGACCUUACUUCAACUUACCAAAAUGAAUAUUUUUUUUUUCUAACUUAAGAAUACUAUUCGUUAUUAUCAUACAUUUUUGUAGGUAUAAUAUAACUCUAAACAUGAAUAUUUUAAUUUAAAGCUACAGUUCAUUGUUUUUGGCAUAGACAUGGAUUUCUCCUAAGGUUAAAAAACUUUGUUUGAUGGUUUUUUGAUAAGUUUUUUGUUUCUCUGGAUUGUUUAAAAUUGUUAUGGACAAAAUAAUAAGUUCCCAAAGGUCUGACAAGCUGCAUCGUGUCAGGUGUGUAUCUGUACUUUUGUAAGAAUAAGAAGAAGACUUUUGAUUUUUGACUAAAACGAAAAGAAACUUAAGAUGUAGUUGAUUGGGUUAUAAACAAAAGAAAAGGAGGAUCAUUUAGUAAGAUACAAAUAAAUAUCAUUAUUAAUUAUUAUCAAAUUCUCAUUUUAACUCACUGUAGCUUAAAAUCUACAUUUUGAAACGUCUUGCCUACUCAUUUUCAUUACCUGUAAGUCUUUCAUGUGAGUUUUUAUUUACUAUUUAGAUACAUUAUGUUAUAUAUAUUAUAGAUAUAAAUAUAUAUUAUAUUUUUCAGAGUAUUCAUAUACAUUUCUGUAUUUUUAAUUUUUAAGUUUUCAAUUUAGUAUCAUGGCAUAUGUAGUUUUAAGAUAUAUAUUUUAGGAUGAAAUAUUAAAGACGUACAUAGUAUAAAUAUAUAUAUAUAUAUAAUGUGAUAAUUGAAAGUUUCUUUCCAUACUACUAUGUUAAUAUUGUUAUACAUAAACUUGUAAAAUUUUCAACCGAAUAUUAGUAGUUAUAACCUUAUUUUAUAAUUUUGAUGUAUGACAAGUUUAUGUAUAACCAUUCUAAAGAUAUUAGAGUGGAAAUGACUUUUGAAUAACACUGUAUAUGCAGGCUCUCUGAAAUUGUAAUCGUUAACAUUGAUAAGUGAGAAAGUCUUAAAGAAACCACUUUGAUAAAAAUAGAACUCAUAUUUUAGACCAAAUUUGAGUGGUUAUCUACUUUGCUAAUUAUAAAGUUACUUUACGAAAAUAUUCUUUAAAAAUCGAAAAGUAACGAUUUUUCUUUAUAUAAAUACAAACUGUAUAACACCGACAACAUGAACAUCAGCCUACCAGUUUGAGACAGCCUGUAUAAUAAAUUUUAUAAAUAAGAAUAUGUAUAUAGCAAGAGAUUCAAAAUAUUUUCAUUUCAAAUUACAAUGUCGGAUGCAAAUAUCAUAUUAAUAAAUACCUAAAUUAUUAUCAAAA